AAUUUUAAAUAACCUUUUUAUGUUGUUGUCAAAACAUUAUCUAUUAUCCAGAUAUACUCUUGAAUAAGUGGAGACCAUAGACAAGUAAGAGUUUAAAGUUAGUUAUGAAUUGACAUUGGAUUUAGAAACAUUUUGCAUUUUGGAAAGAAAGAGGCAAAAAGGUAGCUAUAAUGGCUGAUGGAAAAUCAAAACUAACGAAAGCCCAAGUGCAAGAAUUUAAAGAAGCAUUUAAGAACUUCGAUAAAAAUGGGGAUGGGAAAAUAUCUUGUAAAGAACUAAGGACGUUUCUGAAAUCUGUAGGACAAGAUUCAUCUGAUGCUGAAGUACAAAGAAUAAUGAUCAGGGUAGAUCACGAUAAUAGUGGUUCCAUAGAAUUUCAAGAGUUCUUGACAAUGAUGUCGACGGAAGAAACAGAAAAAUCCCCAGCAACAACCGAUCAAUUCCGUGACGCAUUUCGAGAAUUUGACAAGGAUGGCAAUGGAGUUAUAACUAUGAAAGAAUUUAAGAAAGCUAUGGCUAAAGUAGGAAAUAAACUAUCGGAUAAACAAAUCAAACAAAUGAUCAAAGAAGUUGAUCUUGAUGGUGAUGGUGAAAUCAAUUAUAAAGAAUUCGUCCAAAUGAUGUCAAAGUAAACUGCGACCAAGUUGCUGUUGAGAGAUUAGCUCAUAAGUAAUGACAUUUACCAUAUGCCCUACGAGGUGUGUUGUAUUCAGCAUUUGUAAACCAUAAUUAGUGUUUUAUUUUGCUUUGCAUAAGACUACGUAAAUGGAAUUUAAAUGCAAGAAGUGGUUCAUUUACAUGCCACUAUAGUAUAGUUUAAAUAUGUACUUAUCUAAAAUAUGCGCAUUCAAGGAUACAGAUUAGUAAAAGUACAUGUAGGUCAUUAAUGUAAUCUCAAAAGCAUAUGUUUUAUAUAAAAUGCAUAUGGAGAAAAAAAUAAGACAAUUGUAAACAAUUUGUAGUCUUAGACCUUGUACACAUAUAUUUUACUUUUUUAUUUUACACAUGUUGUUCUAAACAGGUUGUACUUUGAGGCAUUAGCAUCAGUAUCAUAAAGCGUAUACAUGUAUAUGUUACAUUGCCUACUACUGUUAAAUACAAAUAUAAAAACCAAUGUGUAUUUCCAAAUAAAUACCAAAAAUGCA